AUGAAUAGUUGGACCCCUGCUCCAAAUGGGACUAGCAUAGAGAUCAGCAACAGCAGCCGCUAUGACUGCAAUGCUGUGUCCACUGCAGCUGUGCUGUUGGCUGAUAUCUUACCCACCCUCCUAAUCAAAUUCACAGCACCUUUCUAUAUACACAAAGUGCCUUAUGGAUUCCGUGUUUUGGUGUGUUUCUUUACAGCAGUGGUCAGCUUCCUGAUGGUGUCGUUCUCCUCAACUAUAUUGAUGAGUAUAUUUGGUGUCGUCUUUGCCAGUAUUAGUUCAGGAUUGGGGGAGCUUUCCUUUCUCUCCCUCUCUGUGUUUUUCAGCAGGGAUGUGUUAAGUGGCUGGGGGUCUGGCACGGGGGCAGCAGGAGUAGCUGGAGCUUCCCUCUACUCUGCAUUUACACAGGCUGGUCUGACCCCACAAGUUACGUUAUGGAUCAUGCUGGUUGUGCCUGUUAUUUUGGCUGUCAGCUAUUUCUUUCUCCUGGUGUUCCCAUCCUCAUUUCCACAGUGGAGGCGGCACGAGGAUGGUCACAGUACUUCCAGAGUGGUAAACUCCGAGGAGAGGGGUCCUUUAAUUGAGGAAGAGACCGAUACUGAGACAACUCAGGAAGAGCAAGAGGACAAGCACAUCAGACCCCUGUCCUUCACUGACAAAAUAUAUAUCAUGAAGGGUCUGCUGAAGUUUAUUAUUCCUCUUGGUGUGGUUUACUUUGCUGAGUAUUUUAUUAACCAGGGACUGUUGGAGCUGCUCUACUUCUCUGACUCCCGUCUCUCACAUGCAGAACAGUACCGCUGGUAUCAAACACUUUACCAGAUUGGUGUGUUUGCUUCCCGCACGUCUCUUGUCUGUUUUAAGAUUAGGAAAAUUUUCCUUAUGUCUCUCUUACAGUGUUUGAAUGCUGUUCUGUUGGGUUUCGCUGUAUACUACCAGUUCUUGCCAAACCCAUGGGUGGUUUUUGUUAUUGUCCUCUAUGAGGGUCUGUUGGGAGGAGCAGCCUACGUAAAUACCUUCUAUUUCAUCCGCGAGGAGACCGCUAAGCGCGAGAGAGAGUUUGCCAUGGCUGCAGCAAGCGUAGGCGACAGUCUGGGAAUCGCUCUUUCUGCAGCUGCCGCCUUCCCCGUUUACCAUUAUUUCUGCUCUUUAUGAGCAAAUGAGAAUGUGUGUUUGUACAAGAUAAAGACAUUGUUGUGUUUUUAAAAUAGUUAAUACAUUCCGUUUGGACUAAUAUGUUCUGAUUUAAAUGAAUAAUGGUUUGAUUGAUCUGACUGACAUUUGACCUACUGACACCCUGCUCUAACACAAUGUGUUUUAACCCAAAACAAAACCCAAAUUUGAAUAAAUUAUGCUUUAAUUUGU